AUGAAAACGAUGACUAUGGAUAUUAAGGCCUCUUCUCCUUUUCCUUCGCAACGUUUCAACAACUCAGCUCGAAAGAGAACACAACAUCAUAUCCACCUUUUGUUUAAACUUCUGCUUUUUCUGGGCAUAGCAGCGCUUAAUCGCUUGGGAAUAACAACCGCUGGAUUGGGCGUGGGCGUCCUUGGAGAUCUUGUCUUGAUUAGUACGGUUGUUCAGGUCACAAAAACACUUCCCCCGGGAGUUCCAGCACCAACACUGACUGAAGGAGACGCGGCAGACCCUACUGGAUCACCUUCAAGUGAACAGCAACAACAACAACAACAACAUCAGGCCGAGCCUCCUCAACAGACAGCACCGGGUGUUACUAGCGCGGAAGCUGAAGCAAUUGCUACCGCUGCUUCAGAAAGCAACAGUCUUUCUUCUUUCCAUUCCACUUUUAGCACUGCUGCUGCUACUACUCUGUCAGGUACAGCCACAGCAACGGCGACAACCGCCGCGAUUCAGGGAUCCGACUCAUCAAAAGCCCUAGGCCUGCACAAGCUUCCUACUUACGCGAUUGUGGCCAUAGCUUGCUCUGCAAUAGCCUUUAUUGCAAUUCUCGCGAUAACAUUUCUCUGCCUUGUAAGACGACGACGACGAUCACGCAACGCAGAUAUGGCUGGGUUAAAAAGAAGGGGCGCUAUCAAGAAGGGUGACGGCUCCAGUGAUCUGGACUCUCUGAGAGGAAGGAGUUUUGGUAGGCCUAAGAGCUUUUCUUAUGCUGAGAAACGCGAUAUACCUUCUCGGCCGUCGCCUGGCAGCGAACAAGUGCGAUUUUCAAUGGGUGCUCCGGCCCAGGUUUGGCCUUCAGAUCCUACUAGAAGAGGAUCGCUUAAACCUGGCCUCUAUCAGCAGUCUGGGAACCAAGGUCGUGGGUUGCCACGAACCGAGAUACCGAGGAACCUGGAGAGUGUCAUGACGCCUGUGGAAAGAGGAAUCGGGCCCUUGCAAAUUGAAAAGGUUAGGUUUCCUGGUACCCCCAUGGAAAGCGACGAAAAAGUCCAUGAGUUCCUCAAUGGGGACAUCACAUCCAAUGAUUCCUCUUCGAUUUAUUCAAAGUCAGUGGGAGGCAGAUACUCUGCGAUAUCUACUAUAACCAACCUUGAAAAGACAGUACAAGGAAGCAAACGCUUGACAAGAGAUGAUGCUGCUAAAAUCGUCCUUGAGAAGACAGUACAAGAUAUUAAACGCUCGACAAGGAUUGAGGAUUAUGGAACAGUGCAAAAGGGGAAAAAGAAGUCGGUCACGAUCGUUACUCCUGAAUAUCACUCCCAGCAUAACUGGCUCAAGGCUGAAUAUUGCUCCCAGGAUGAUAGACUCACUCCUGAAGAUUACUCCCGGAAUGGUUGGCUCUAG